AUGGUGAGUCUGAUCUCUAUCAUAUAUUCUCUGUCGGUGUUAGGUCUCACAGUCAGGGUCCAGACAAACCAAGUCCAGAGUGACCCCGGUGCUAGUGCCCUCUUCGCUGGAGCUGACGGCCGCAAGCCCGUCGGUGGACAUGUUCUUGCACACGCUUCUACUACUCGUGUGCUCCUUCGGAAAGGUCGUGGCGAUGAGCGAGUUGCGAAGAUUCAGGAUUCUCCAGACUGCCCGGAACGUGAAGCAAUCUAUAUCAUUACCAAUGGUGGUAUCAAUGAUCCUGAUAAGGUUUGA